AGAGAAUGCCCAACCAUCACAACUCAGCUUGACUCCUCUCGAGUAAGCCCACUCGUCUCAGCUCUAGCGUCUCAGCAGCACCCAAAGCCGACGUCAUGAGGACCAUGCUUGUUGCCGUUGCCCUUACCGCCCUCAUCGGCGUCUGCUACGCUGGCGUCGUCUCCUACGGCGGCCACGGAGGUGGAGGCUACGGCGGCGGUGGCUACGGCUACGGCAAGUCCCUGCCCGGACCUUCCUUCCUCAUCAAGAGCCUUCACCACGUAAGCAAGGUCAGCCACGGUGGACCCAUUCUCGACAACUACGACCUGGGCGUCGCCUACGGUGGUGGAUACGGUGGUGGAUACGGCGGCGGUUACGGCGGUGGAUACGGCGGAUAUGGUGGAUACGGAGGCUACUUGGUCAAGGGCUAGACGAGUGAGUGGAGGAGUCAAGCUACCCAAGAGAGAGAGAGAGAGAGCGAGCAUGCGCAGCCGUAUGAGAGGAAAUUCGAGAUCAACAACAGCAACACCCCCGGUUCCCCUUUACCCAUGUCUCCCUUCAUGUACAGUCGCGGUAACUGAAAGUAAGAAGGGUAGCCUCGGGGAUAUGUAGCGUCAGUGACAUUUGCUAAGAUCGCGAGGACUGGUGACCAGCUCGAAGCACGGCAGGAGUAGUGAUGUACCACGUCACGGCACAAUGACUUCAAUGGUGGUCCACAACGGCAGGGAAUGUCCUCAGAGGUGCGCCUGGCAGCCGCAGUAGCCGUGGAUGCGAAGGUGCGAGGGAGCUUCCGUCCUUGCGAUUCAAUGUCCACGCUUCAUGCCUCGGUUGCGAGUCCCUUGCUGCUUUCUGCAGCGUUGUACAUUUUGUACAGUUACUUCUGGUCGCGCUGCAAAUAAAGCAAUGAGUGAGUCUGA